AUGUCGACAUCGAUAUCCCCACCAGGUGCUCGGCCCUCUGAAAAAUCCACUAUUGUUCAUCUACCAGGUCGUCACCGGCUGCUUCCUACUGUCUUUCAAUUAUCUUCUCACCCGCUAAUACCUGCCAAAACAACCCCCUUCAUCCAACAUAUAUAUCUGAUCUUUAAAGAUCUAUCGGAGGACGCGGCAACGACACUGGAGAAGUCUUCGAAUGACGAAGGGAUUUUACAAGUUCCCUCCGGUCCAAAUGAGGAAAUGUGCAGACUUGGCUUGCUUAAACUUGAACCCGGUGAUGUCGUGUUCAUGAGGAGACUUGGGUGUGAAGAUCCUGCUGAAGAUGUGAUUAGAGCUUUACUAUUGAGCGAGCGCAUCGAUAGAUGGCGUAGCGAUUUAAACCACAUUAGAGAUCGGAUUUUAGGCCCACAGGCGCUUCGACUACCAGGAAAGCCAAAGAAGUCCAACGGCAGGUGGACGGGUGGAAUUGCCUUUGAAAGGAACGAUUAUAUUGAAGGCAUGAACGGCUCCCGAUGCUACUCACUUGGUUUGACUCGUCAAUGUGCUAGAAAUGUCGCUGCACCUGUUGCCGAUAACAGAGUGAACCAGAACGACGCAAACGGUCGGGAGCUCCGAGGAAGCAUUGUCCAGACCUGCUCGCAGAUUGGCAUUCAUUCGCUACAGAGUCAGGUGCCUCAUAUCUACAGAAUACUCAAUAAUUAUGCCGAGGUGACCAACUUGCCUAGACUCGGUGACCCACAAAAUAGCGCAUAUCCAGCUGCUCAACUGAACACGGCUGGUGCUGUCACGUAUAAUUCUGACCAAGGGCUCUCCAAAGAAAUGAACAUAUUUGGCGACUCCCACAAAGAUAUACACGACGCUUCGGGCGCCUUGUCAGGCGCGUGUUCCAUGCCCGAUGUUCCUGAAGGUUAUGAAGCUGGGCGAUUCCACCUGCUAGAAGACGGGGUUUAUUACGAGUUGGACGGGAUCAAGUUUGCAAACUUCUCUGGCCUGCAAAAACAUGGUGGCACACCUCCAAGAGCUCCUCUUGGUCAACCGGUUGAACCUUGGGCCACGCGUCUCAACGUCAUUCUUUACCCGCCUACCGAGUUGCUCAAUGGAACCUCUUGUCUCCAGGUGGCACCCUGGCCUGAUGGCGGUCCGUUGGUACUACCGUCUGAACUGAUAAGACCAGAGCAAACCGAAAGCAUCAAAAAAGAAAAACCUGAAUGCAGCCAGCCUACGUUUACUGCAGAUGCUGGCAAUCUGAUGGACCAAGAAGCAUUGGCAAACUUUGUGUGUCGUUCUGGCGUACAAGUUCUCCACUAUCUGAUCAGCCAAUUGCCUUCGGACUGGAAUGUCCAUUUUAAUCCAAGUGCCUUAUUGGAAUCAAUCAAAAUGGAUGUUGAUGGAGAAGGCGUGUCAAUGAAGGAAUGGCCUACGGGACCCAACGGUAGACCGUUCAACGCAGAUGGCAACGAUCUUCGAGCAAUUUAUACAAGGGAAUGGUUGGACCAUUGCCGUGUAAUGGGCCAAUAUGUGACCGGGAAUGUCGACCAGGAGCUGAUUGCUCCAGAAAAUCUGGUCCAGUUGAAGAAGAGUACAAUUUCUCCUCAUGCUGGCGCUAACAACCGUCAACUCACUAACACUGUUACUUUUAGAAUGGCAAGGACGUCGAACGCCGCGUCUUCCUGCAAAGAAAAGGAACUUACGGAUAUGACUCUGGCAAUUGCUCACACAAAAACAGCACAAAAAUUAGCAAAACCCCCUCCUCUUCGUUCUGCAAUACGGAAACGGAUUCUCUCAAAAUCUAAACAAGCGAAAAGCCUAAGGUCAGCUAAUGGCAGUGCUUCCACAUCUCGCUCAACUACUGGAAUGACCAUCCAAUCAAUGCAACCGGCAACCAUCAUAACUAGGUCAUCCGCAUUAGCUGCUAGCUCAACGCACUCGUCUUCAGCAAUACCAAUGGUUACCUCGCCACCAACUGGCGUUGCUACUCAAUCCUCUUUGUCAAGUGCGGGCGGUAUAAUAGAACACAACCAGGGCGAUGACAGUCAAGAUACUGAUAACUCAAUGGCAAUGGAAAUUGAUGAGCAUGAAGCGGAGCGUGAGGAAGAAGAGAGCAAUGUGGAGGGAGAGUAUGAGGUUGAGCAAAUAAUUGGACAUAAGCCUCCCUUGUAUCCAACACAUUAUUAUAUCAAGUGGAAAGAUUAUGACGAUGAAGACAGUGCUACAUGGGAGAGAUUAGAAAACUUAGCAAACUGCGCCCAACUACUCUGCAACUAUCAUUGUGCACACAACGAGGUAAUGUCCCUGAGACAAACCCGAGCAUUACUUGGAAAGAUGGGUGGAAAUGUCGUCCGCAUUCUCGGUCAUGAAACGUAUAAUACCCCGUGGACCGAAAACGAAUCUUCUAUUGUGUUUUUCAUACACAUGCACCCAGACUAUAUUGUGGAUCUCAGUUUUGAGUUCGAUGAAAUUAUCGAGAAACUGCGGAAGGGUGAAGUUGAGGCAUCCGCUUUGGACUUCGUUUUAAUCAACGAAGCAAAUCAAUGCUUACUUGAUAAACCCCUUGACGAGCAGACACCUUGUCAGAUUGCAUCCUUUCAUGUUCAACUUCGUGCUCUCGGAAUCAGCAUCUGUAGAAAUUCCUUAGAAGAACAUCUCCUCCGCAGUGUUGUUCUUGACUCCUACCACAACUUGUACGCAUGGAUACGACAGUUCCAUCAAAAUCCCCAGUCAUCAUCGUGGUUUGGUCGAUUGUACAGCCGUGUCUGUGGAAUCUUGGACAAUGCAACCGAUUUUGGAUCGCAAGUAAUAAACAUAUCGUCAUCAGAUUAUCUAUCCCUCCAGCCAUCUGUUGUCUUUGCUUUCCACCGUUCGCCAGCUGACAUACGAAGGAACAUACCUCUCUCCGAUUCUAAGCGCAAGGAACGUGUCGAGGACCUGACAGCACAAGUUGUCCUGCAUUGGCUGGGGUUUCGCUGUGACAACAACUUCUGGACCCGACUUCAGUUUCUUGGCGCAUUGUGGGAGACCUUUACCCAUCCAGCCAUUCAUCUCCUGAAGCCGGUUUACGAAGUCUUCAUGGGCGACCUCUCUCUUCUUCAAAAACGGGACAGAAAGCGAAAAAGCAGGCCUUGGACGAGCUCAGAUUUGAAUAAUUUUCUAUCCACCCUGGAACAUUUGCCCCGAUUGGUUAUUGAUGAUUAUCGUUGCCAUCUACAAGCCUUGUCCGUUUCUCGGAAAGCAUAUGAAAAUGAAAGGAGGCGACGUUGGAACCACGGACAGUCAUCCAAUGUUCGCAGGAGUGAUGGUAGCGUUUUGAAUAUACGACGGCAAAAUGUUCUUGGUGCUGGCGAACAGCCAUUGGACUUCUUUAUCAAGUUUCUUCGAUCGUGCUUUGAGGCCAUAAGCAUGGAACAAUCCAAGCUCACCACUUCACAGAAGACCAUGUUGAAGGAUUUGGAUGGCUUUUAUCCAUUCAGAGAACAAGCGCCAUCUAGAAGCUGGAUUGUCGCCGAAAGCGGGCCAUUUCAUCACGAUUACAUCAAUACUCGAUCUGGGUUAUUCAGUGCGUUAGUCUUUCGCGGUAUUACUUUUCACACCCCAUCCGUUACGCACCAUAGCGGCCGGUUUGACGAUAUUGAAACUUGGAACGAGUUCCGAGUGGCAUAUCAAGACAAACCCGAAUCCUGGUUCUGCAGCAAUAUGGCAUAUGGUCCAACAAAAGGUCGUUCAACCAAAAAUGUCACCGAGCUCUGGAAAUUUAGUGAACAUCUUCACAAUCUUCUACAUUCAUCGACAAAACCAUCGUUCUUUCAGGUUGUUCAAGAACUACGUACUCUCACAAGUUGGGGCAUCCUUACUGCAUACCUUUGCGCCGUUGACUUGGUGUAUGCUCAAGUCUUGGACGCAAGUGAUGAUGACGUAGUAGAGUUUGUUGUGGAAGCUGGAAAAGGCGCUUACAAUGCCCUCAAAAAGCUUGGUUUUUCGGGGACAGCAUUGGAGAUGACGCCGCAUUUUCGGGACGCAUAUCGCUAUGUUUCUGAAAAGUUAUCCGAGGAAGAGAAAGUGCAAAUAGGCUGGAACGUUUUUAUCAUGGAACAUGCCCUUUGCAAAUUCUCCAAGCUGUUCGACAUACUUAUGAAAUGGGGGUUGUAG